GCGCACGCGGAGGCGGAGAAGGAGGGAGCGGGGAGGGCGUGUGAGAGAGUGAGCCACAAGAAAAGGGAGCGCGCCCGCCGCCGCCGCCCUCCUCUGGAGAGAGGCUGGAGUGAGGCUGUGCGAAGCGCUGCAUUUCAAUGAGAACCGGCAGAGGCACAUCCCUGCACUAGCGGCUGCAACCGAGACGCCCGCGCUCCCGCAGCUGCUGCCGCCCAGCCCCGGCCCCGCCGCCGCCCCGCAGCCCCGCAGCCCCGGCCGCGCCCAGCCCGGUGAGGACAGCACCAGGAGGCGGCCCCGAGCGCGGCCACAAAGACCCCCGGCGGCGUCUCUCCGCGGACCGGUUCCACUUUAACCCCAUCAUGUCCUUCGGCAGAGACAUGGAGCUGGAACACUUCGACGAGCGGGAUAAGGCCCAGAGGUACAGCAGAGGGUCGCGGGUGAACGGGCUGCCCAGCCCCACGCACAGCGCCCACUGCAGCUUCUACCGAACCCGCACGCUGCAGACCCUCAGCUCUGAGAAGAAGGCCAAGAAAGUUCGUUUCUAUCGAAACGGAGAUAGAUACUUCAAAGGGAUUGUGUAUGCCAUCUCCCCAGACCGCUUCCGAUCUUUUGAGGCCCUGCUGGCUGAUUUGACCCGAACUCUGUCGGAUAACGUGAAUUUGCCCCAGGGAGUGAGAACAAUCUACACCAUUGAUGGGCUCAAGAAGAUUUCCAGCCUGGACCAACUGGUGGAAGGGGAGAGCUAUGUGUGCGGCUCAAUAGAGCCCUUCAAGAAGCUGGAGUACACCAAGAAUGUGAACCCCAACUGGUCUGUGAACGUCAAGACCACCUCGGCUUCCCGGGCGGUGUCCUCGCUGGCCACUGCCAAAGGGAGCCCUUCGGAGGUGCGGGAGAAUAAGGAUUUCAUUCGGCCUAAGCUGGUCACCAUCAUCCGAAGUGGGGUGAAGCCACGGAAAGCUGUCAGGAUCUUGCUGAACAAGAAGACCGCCCAUUCCUUUGAGCAGGUCCUCACUGACAUCACUGAUGCCAUCAAGCUGGACUCGGGCGUGGUGAAACGCCUGUACACCCUGGAUGGGAAACAGGUGAUGUGCCUUCAGGACUUUUUUGGUGACGAUGACAUUUUUAUUGCAUGUGGACCGGAGAAGUUCCGUUACCAGGAUGAUUUCUUGCUAGAUGAAAGUGAAUGUCGAGUGGUGAAGUCCACUUCUUACACCAAAAUAGCUUCCUCAUCCCGCAGGAGCACCACCAAGAGCCCAGGACCUUCCAGGCGCAGCAAAUCCCCUGCCUCGACCAACUCAGUUAAUGGAACCCCUGGUAGUCAGCUGUCUACUCCACGCUCGGGCAAGUCGCCAAGCCCAUCACCCACCAGCCCGGGAAGCCUGCGGAAGCAGAGGAGCUCCCAGCACGGAGGCUCCUCUACGUCCCUCGCGUCCACCAAAGUCUGCAGCUCCAUGGACGAGAACGACGGACCUGGAGAAGGUGAAGUGUCGGAGGAAGGCUUCCAGAUUCCAGCCACAAUAACAGAACGAUAUAAAGUCGGAAGGACAAUAGGGGAUGGAAAUUUUGCUGUUGUCAAGGAAUGUGUAGAAAGGUCAACCGCUAGGGAGUAUGCUCUGAAAAUUAUCAAGAAAAGCAAAUGUCGAGGCAAAGAGCAUAUGAUCCAGAACGAGGUGUCUAUUUUAAGAAGAGUGAAGCAUCCCAAUAUUGUUCUUCUGAUCGAAGAGAUGGAUGUGCCAACGGAACUGUAUCUUGUCAUGGAAUUAGUAAAGGGAGGAGAUCUCUUCGAUGCCAUUACUUCAACCAACAAAUACACGGAGCGAGACGCCAGUGGGAUGUUGUACAACCUGGCCAGCGCCAUCAAAUACCUGCACAGCCUGAACAUCGUCCACCGGGACAUCAAGCCAGAGAACCUACUGGUGUACGAACACCAAGAUGGCAGCAAAUCGCUGAAGCUGGGUGACUUUGGGCUGGCCACCAUUGUAGACGGCCCCCUGUACACAGUCUGUGGCACCCCGACAUACGUGGCUCCGGAAAUCAUCGCGGAAACUGGAUAUGGCCUCAAGGUGGACAUCUGGGCGGCUGGUGUAAUCACGUACAUCCUGCUGUGCGGCUUCCCUCCCUUCCGCGGAAGCGGUGAUGACCAGGAGGUGCUUUUCGAUCAGAUUUUGAUGGGGCAAGUGGACUUCCCCUCUCCAUACUGGGAUAAUGUUUCUGAUUCGGCAAAGGAGCUCAUCACCAUGAUGCUGUUGGUCGAUGUCGAUCAGCGAUUUUCAGCUGUGCAGGUCCUGGAGCACCCCUGGGUGAAUGAUGACGGCCUCCCAGAAAAUGAACAUCAGCUGUCAGUAGCUGGAAAGAUAAAGAAGCAUUUCAACACAGGCCCCAAGCCGAACAGCACAGCAGCUGGAGUUUCUGUCAUAGCACUGGACCACGGGUUUACCAUCAAGAGAUCAGGGUCUUUGGACUACUACCAACAACCAGGAAUGUAUUGGAUAAGACCACCGCUCUUGAUAAGGAGAGGCAGGUUUUCCGACGAAGACGCAACCAGGAUGUGAGGAGCCGGUACAAGGCCCAGCCAGCUCCACCUGAACUCAACUCGGAAUCGGAAGACUACUCCCCAAGCUCAUCCGAGACUGUUCGCUCCCCAAACUCGCCCUUUUAAUAAGACCCUUUUACUCGAAGUCCUAGCUUAACCCUUUGAGACUCUGAGAUUUUUUUCCAAAUUUCUGUAAAACAGUUUCAUCUGAUCUAUCUAGCACUCAAUGCUUGAAUGGCAGAACAGAAAGUGUGUUUUCUGGUAUCCUUGUAGCGAUUUCUCUUUGCCGAAUGAGAUGACCACAUGUUGUUUGCGAAGAUGGCAACUUGCUGCUAAUAGGGUCCUCAAAGGGUUAAGGCUAAUUUGCAACUUUUUUAAACAUAGAAGCAAUGAAUGUGUUCAUCAGUCAAACUAGGAUCUGCAGUAUUGUAAUAUAGCGCGUUAACCCUCUGAGUGCAUGGGAGUUUAUGGAGAACCCCUGGGGAAUUUCUCAGGCCUUUGGAUGUAUACACACACGUUUCUUGAUUUUGCUGCAGACCAAGGGAUGUUAUUAGAUGCUGCGAUGUCCAGACAAGAAGGACAUCUAGGACGCUAUCUUGGUUGUCAUUGUUUGGUGGGUUUAGAAUAUAGCAGGCUUAUAACAUAGACAUAAGACCUCUCUUUCUUCUUCACAAUCCCAUUUUGAAAGGGACUUUUUUCACUAGAGGUGUGACUGUCAGCUGCCGUGAGUCCUGCAUCCCGAGUGGAGGCGAUUGGGUCUGUGGCAAACAGCCUGACCCAGGAAAGAGCUGGCGCGCCCCCUCCCCCACAUCGCCUCCGCGUGAAGAUGGGCUGACGAUGCCCCAGAAAUGCUGCUUCUACGUCAGCUGCUGCUUGUGCCAGCGCAGACCCUCAGAAGUCACCAUCCCUUGCCGUGGGCGUGGUGAGUGAGGGUCUGCCUGCUCGGUAUGAGUCAUCUAUAGGAAACAAAACAAAACAACUGGUGGAAAAGAGCAAUAAAUUGCCAGGUGCUCUCUAGUGCUGGGAUUUCCAACAGAAAGAGGAAACAAGAUCCUGUUCUUUUUCUCACCUGCUCUUCGAGCACUGCAGGCUUCAGCGUGAAAUCCACAUAGAGUAUGCAAUCCGUACAGAGGAGUGCUGGGGCACAGGGGACUAGAGGCAAGUGCUUUGCAAGGUGGCCGAGGAGAAAGCACAAGGGAAGGCACACUCCAGAAUGUUCUAAAAAUGGGUUUUAAGAAAAUAAACCAUUGGUAAGAGAAUUCCAUGUGCACCUUUAGGUUACCUAUGUACAGUCUCCCAGGAGGAACAGGAUGGAAGAUCUAAAAGAUACCCCUGAGAAUAAAAGGUCCAUUACCUAACAUGACCUUUUGAUACCAUUGUCUUUAGCUGUCCAGAGAGACAUGUUGUUUUUCUCCCUUUGGGCCAAGUCCUGUUUGAGACCUGUGUUUCCAUUCCUGUUUCCAAACCUUUCUGCCUAGCCCUGUAUCCCCAGUGGAUUUCUUAUGGAAUGUGUCCCAUUUCAGAACGGGGGUCUGUGGCCUCCAGUGUGUCAGUGCAGUGCUUAGAGAAGAGGCUGGCCAUGGCAUCUUGGAGGCAGGGGUCCCACUCAAAUGUCCUGCUAAGGUUUGCUCAGCUCUCUGACCCAGGAGACAACCAGUGAGUGAUGUCUUGUGAAAUUUGCAACGGGAUGGCCGAACAGCACUUACUGUCUCUGUUUUGAAUAUACUUCAGUACCUGAAAGUCUUGAAAUUUGUAUAGUCAGUUCUUUAUUUUCGAAUACACGUUGGUCUUCAGUCUCUCCUUUUCACUCUUCAACUCACAAACUAUGGUCUAUAUUAAUACACAUUUGAAAAAUCCCAACAUCUCGUGGCUUUUGCAAUAGUUUCCCCAGUUUUUUUGCUCUUCUGCCUUCUGGUUUCUCUCUUUGGUCUGUGUUGUCCUGACGUGUACACAGUACAUCAUUUAUUGAGAGUCCCCCCCCCCCUUUUAGAGAGUUCUGAAAUGAUAGCACACAACAUCACAAAGUAGCACAAAUCAGUUGGGUUUUGGGGGGAGGGGGAGGGCAGAACACCAGGAAGGGUGUUGGUGUGUAGGUAGAUUCCAUAUUAGUAAAAUACCUUGAACCGGUCAGAAAUUACUGCUUUCUCUAGAAAAAUAAAGCAAAGCACUGUUCUACGACUAAGGAGUAGCUUUAUAGCUUGGCCUCAACUUUCAGUGUGUGAAUAUGAAGAAUCCUAUGGGCAGAGACCUCCCUGCAGUAGACUGUCACUUUCGUUUCUUUCUCCAAAUUACUGUCUUUCCUGUGGGCAUUACAUACAUUGCCACAGCAUCUAUGUACAGAACUUCCAGUGCAUGGCUCAGGCCUUUUCCAUCCUAGUCUAGGGGGGCCGUGGACCCGUAAAGCUGGGGAGUGUUUCCCAGCAGCUUGGAGGAAUGCAGGGCCCAUUUAGCAUGGGGAUCCCAGCGCAUCGCUGUAGAAUUUGAGUGAUCUAUGCCGAAUAAACAAUGGAAUGUGACCUGUCAAGUAGAAAUAUUGAGUAAUCAGAUGGAAUGCAAUCUUCAGCAUUAAGCUAUCGAGAUUCUGAAUGUCAGAGAUGUACUCAGAGGGUUAACAGACAAGCACAAGGCAUGCUGAUUACAUUGGUGUAUCCAGACGGCUUUGCUUUUAGCCAGUGCUUUCUAAUUUUUUUCACAGCAUUCUUGGGAUAGUUCAAGUUUGAAAUUAUUAAGUGGUGGUGUUCUUUAAGGAAUUUCUAUAACCAAAUUGAUCUUAUUUUUUAUUUCACUUUAUCAUAGAAUAAAUAUGUACCAUGAUGGCAGUGUAUCUCUGUAAUUAUCGCUUUCAUCAUUGCCACAGUGUUUCCAUAUUUUUUUUCCUAAGUAUUUAAUAUAGCUCUUAUGGUGGUGGCCUGGUGAUGGGGACUGUCUUUCCUUUGUCGAUACAUGACCAACCAGAUGGUAUUUUCAACAGAAUUUUUAGAUUCAUCCUUUCAGCUGGGUAGUAGACUAACUAAAGGAGAACUCCUUCAUGACUUGCAUUGUGUAAAUCAUCUCUGUAGAUGAGAACUGUUCCUAUUGAUGAACACAUUUUUUUCUUGACAUUGUAGCAGAAAUCAUUUUCUUCGUCAUAAUCAACGAAUAUGUGAUUUGCUCCACAUCGUUAGAAGAAAGAGUAAGAUUUCAGUCAUUGAAAAUGUUUCUACCGUAGCCCUCAUCUAACUUACACGUGGUGCAUAUUAAAAUAAGCAGAGAAAACAAAAUACAAAUAAACUGCUGAAAACACUUGGUGUUUGGUAUUCAGUGAGCCCUUCCUGCAAUGCUCAGCACCCCCAUGGGUGGCGGUUAACAGGCCCAUCAGAUAUUGUUGAAAGAAAGCAAUAUAUCCAUGAACGAAGGCUAAAAUUGCAAUCCUUUACCCUUUGAGGCAUAUUUCAGUUGGAAAAAAAAAAAAGAAAAGAAAAGAAAAGAAAAAUUGGUUUAGCUUAGAGGGUCACGAGCUACCGUAUGACCAAGGCUCGCGCACAUUAAAUCACAGUUGUUUGCUGGCCGACGGCACCCAUUAGACCACCCUGUACCUCGCUCUGAAGUGCAAUUGUGCUUGAGGGACAGCUUCCCUGAUAUUAUUGUGUUGCCUGCUAGCCCCUCUCAGGGUGAGGACCUGUCAGCAUUUCCAUGAUAAACUUCUGUUUUCAAAGGUUUUUAAUUUGACCAUAAAAAGGUGCCCCGGGCUGAAGUUUGCUAUAUAGGGCCUGUACCAAAGAGGGUGAAGGUUCACUUCCUUUUCUGCCCAAUUCUCCCAAGAAAAGGGCAGCAGCCACAACAAGUUUGCUAUAUCCCCUUCUUCACUGUAAUUGCAGAACCGUGGAAAGCACCAAGAUCCAAGAUGGUAGUUACAGUGUAAUGAUCCGUUCAGAUGUGGGUUUGAAAAAACAUGACUGAGUCACCUGGCAUAUACUGUAGAUAACGUAUCUUUUCUAUAAUGUGUAAAUCGUUAAUUUUUAAAACUGCUACAUGAUUUUUAUUUUAUUUUUGUCCAAAGAUCUUUAAGAAACUUGAAGUUGGUCAGUUCAAAGGUUAGCCUUUCCUGCGUGUUGUCUGCCAUUUCCACUAGGAGUUUGGGAAAAAUCCUCUCAGACCGACCCUUACUUUGCAUGUAGUGAUAGAGGGUCAGAUAAACGUUUCUUUUGGAGAUACGGAUUUCUUUAUUUAAUCAUCAGAUUUCAGGAAGCCAUUCUUGUCUGUUGGGAAAAAUAGUGAUUAAAAGCACUUCCAAAACUAACAUUUUGUCGAUUCAGAUGUGAUAAGAGCAUAAAUUAACACACUUUAUGCUUUUUUUAUGUUUAAAGGCAAAUAAAUCAACAAAACUUGAAGACACUAAACAUUUGAUUGCUGCAAAUGUGCUUUAAAAUUGGCUCAAUGGUGCUUAUACAUAAAACAGUAACAAAUGGGGUUCCUAGGACUGUCGGAAGGAAUCUUUAAUUUGUAUGUAAUUACAUAUUUGAGGAGGAGGUGCUUUUAAGCCAGUCUUUUAUUUUUUAAUCAUCUCAAAUAUGCAACCAUCCAUCCAGUAACAUUAAGGGUCGUAAGCUGGUGGGAAGCAGGAAGUUCAAUGUAGAGGCUUAGAAUGCUUCUGGUUAGGGUGGGGUUUUCCCCCCUUGGGUUUUGUUGUUGUUGAUGGGUUUCAACACCAACACUGAAGCUGCCGUGAUCAUUUCUCAGUGAUCUAGCUUCUAACCAGCAGGUGUUUUGAUCAUGAGGUUUGCAGUAUCUUGCCCUUGCAGACAAGUGAGAAACCUAGUUUGAUUCUUUUUCCCUAAAGGAAGAGCGAUCUCUAUAAUUAAACCAUACCUGUAAAUUUCCUCAACUGAAAUGAGACCCUUAAUGUUGCUUUAAUGUAAAAUUGUAUAUUUUUGUCUGUGAUAUACUUUAUGAAUUUAAAGUAAAUAAUAGUUCUAAAAGCCUUCACUGUCGGUAUUAAGAGAAAGUAGGAUUUUAAAAGUGAUGAUAAAGAUGCUAUAAUGUCAAUUCAUUCCAGUCCAAUCGAAUGUGGUAAGAAAAAGACCUUGAAUAGUUCUCUAGGGACAAUUUCUCACUUGCCAUUGACAUUAAUCUUCGAUGUAUGCUCAGAAAAAAUAAAAAGAAAUUGAAACCGGUCCAAGGUUAGAGUCAUAUCCUCGAUAACUAUUUUUUUUAAUUUUAUUAGGAAAUUAAUAAUAGCCUUUUUCAUUCUGGCUGAAAGAAAAUUAUUAAAGGAUUAGUUGAGUGUGAAAUUAAAUAGUAUUUUGCUCAUGCAUACUAAAAAGGUGGGCUAGGUACUUGAUGUGUUUAAACAAGUUUCUGAAAGGUUUUAAUUUAGUGCAAGAAAAAAAAUUCAAUGUUUCCUUUGAAAAUACUGAAUUUAUCAAUGGCUGCAUGGAUCAGAUGGCAUAGGUUAAUCUUUGAUUUUCAGAAUCUUAAUGAAAUAACUUUCAAAUGAUUUGUAUCCACGAUUAAAGCUGGAAUGAGAUCCAAUUCUUCCCCUAAUCUCUCAGUUUAAGCUAAUAAAUGUAGGUUAAUGUGGAAUGAAUCAUCUGUGAUAUAUUAUGUUUAUUUAUCAACUGAGCUUUUUUCAUGUUGCCUGUUUUUAUGUAAAACAUGUUCUUAAAGUUAAUAAAAUAAUAGUACUUGGUGUAUGAACUACUAUGUAAUACCCUAGCCGCAGUGUCCACUUCUCGGUUCCCUUUGCCGCAACGGAAUAAA